AUGGCGAGUAACAUUCCAGCUGGACUGCGAUCUGCAGAUAUCGGGCGCUUUGCUAUCAGAGCUGCUCAAAUCGAAACCGCCAAGCCUGUGAUUGCCUACUGGUGCAAUUUUCACAUCGUGAACCAAAUUAUUGAAAGAGGUCUUCACAAUUCCGACGACGAAAUUAAGGUUUAUACGACUAACCUCGUUGACAAGCUAGAGGAGUUCAAACAAGAGAACCCAAACAAUGAAAUAGUGACAGACAGUACUGCGGCAAGCGCCUAUGUCGAACAAUUCGGAUUGGAGGUCUUCAGCCGUGCGGAGGCUGCCAUGAAUGCCAACAAAGUCACAAAGCAAACAGCAGAUACCUUCCUGGCAGCAGCCACCUUCCUCGAACUAUGUUCGAUCUGGGGAGCCCUAGACCCAGAAAUCGCCGGGCGAAUCAAGUUCGCCAAAUUCCACGCUGUCCGCAUUGUGAAGGCUUUCAAAGCCGGCGAAGAUCCCAACGCGACGAACCCCGCACCCAAGCAGGAAGAAGAACCAAUCGACGAUCCCGAUGUGCAGGCAUUCGACGAGUCGGUGGCGGAGGAGGCCUCCAAGCCAAGACAAGCUUCCAUCGAGGAGGUCCCUGACGAGUCUGACCGUCUUGGACGAGAACUAGCCCGAAAAUCGGUCCUGGAUGAAUCCCUCCACCCAUCACGCACAUCAUCCGCACCACGUGCACCCGCCGACUCUGGUCCCGAAAUUCCUUCUGUUCCUCGCAACGCGCCUGGACAACCGCUGGAUGCCGACAACUCCAGCUCCGGUGGCUUAGAGCUUCCCUCUACCCCAGCGACGAUUGGCGGCUCACCCUCAGUACCAAAUCUUCCUGAUACACCGACUGCAUUCCACUCCUUCCCCCGGCCGUCUAUCGAUCCUUCUAUGCCUGCGCCAGAUCCGGCUUCUUUCUACGAUACCCCAAGUGCUGGUGCUCCUACGCAGCCUCCGGUUGGCCCGCCGUUUGUCCCAACCCCGGCUGCGCAUGUACCUGCUGCACAGGCUCCAUAUGUCCCACCUCAGCCGACACACGGCGUAGAUGAUGGUUCGGUGCAAAUGGCGCAGAAGCAUGCUCGUUGGGCGGUCUCUGCUUUGACAUUUGAUGAUGUUGAGACGGCUAUUAAGGAGUUAAGGAAUUCGCUGAAAUGUCUAGGAGCAUCAUGA